AUGGAGGACGCAAAUGAUGACAUAGCGGUUAUCGGGAUUGGAUGCAAUUUCCCUGGAGGUGAAGGUUUGGACAAUUUCUGGAAGGUUCUGUUGGAGGGAAAGAACUGCGUUGUGGAUAUUCCAACAGAGAGAUUUGACACCACCUUUUGGUAUGAUGCUGAUGAGAGCAAACCCGGAAAGACACAAACAACCAAAGCAGCUCUAAUAGAAGGGUUUAAUGAGUUUGAUCACAGGUUUUUUGGCAUUACUGAAGUAGAGGCUGAUUUCAUGGACCCUCAGCAGAAACUCCUUCUGCAGUGUACAUACAGGGCAUUAGAAGAUGCGGGUAUAGCUAUGGAAAGCAUCAGCGGAACCAGAACUGGAGUGUACAUGGGUCUAAUGAACAGGGAUUACGAAAUACUCCAAAGUAACAGUCCAACUACGAUUAAUCACUACAACGGCACUGGUACAGCCAUGAGUGUGGCGGCCAAUAGAAUAUCCUUCACCUUUAAUCUCACCGGCCCUUCAUUUGCCGUUGACAGUGCCUGUUCUUCAUCUUUGGUGGUGCUUCAUUUAGCCUGCCAGGCUAUAAAGCAAGGAGACUGCGAGAUGGCUCUGUGUGGAGGAGUCAGCUGUAUAUUAGAACCAAGAGUGUUUGUUGCUCUCAGCAAGGCAAAGAUGAUCUCGCCUGAGGGGACCAGCAAACCUUUCUCUAGCAGAGCGGAUGGCUACGGUAGAGGAGAGGGCUGUGGUGUAGUUCUCCUGAAGCCGCUGAAAAAGGCCAUAAAAGACUGCAACAGAAUAUGGGGUAUCAUCAGCAAAACAGCGGUCAACCAAGAUGGACACUCUGUUACUCCGAUUACCAAACCAUCCAUGACACAACAAGAGGAACUCCUGCGCAACAUCUACUCAGAGUCUGACCUUGCAAAUGUCCAGUACAUAGAGGCACAUGGGACAGGAACCCCAGUUGGAGAUCCAACAGAAGCAGGAAGCAUCUCAAAUGUCAUUGCUAAAGCCAAACCUCCUGGUUCAGAGAUGCUGUGGAUUGGCUCUGUCAAGGGCAACAUUGGACAUACAGAAUCUGCAGCUGGAGUGGCCGGACUGAUAAAGGUUGGAAUUGCAGCCCUCCUAAAGCACUGGGGUAUCAAACCAGACGCUGUGCUUGGACACUCUGUUGGUGAGGUUGCUGCUGCUCACUGUUCUGGUCUUUUGUCUCUUGAGGACGCUGUGAAAGUGUUGCAUCACCGCAGAGAUGCAGAUUCUAUAGCCAUCCUUCAUGAGAAGCUGAAGAUUAUGUUUGCAGAGAAAAAUCUCUUCCUCCAUGAACUAGAUGUACCAGCAGCAUACCAUAGUCAUAUGAUGGAUCCCAUACUUGAUGACAUUGAGACAAGUAUUAAUCCCUUGUAUGCCAAAAACAAGGAGUGCAAACUGUUUUCAACGGUGACUGGCGCAUUCUUUGUCGAACUGGCUUAUGCCUCAGCGAUGGCGAGUUUAAGGCCAAAGAAACCUGUAUCUCUGCUCCAGCUCAGUGUAAGAUUUGAGAACCUGUUUGCACUAAGCUCAAACUCUCAUCAGUUGAAAGUGACUCUGGAACCUGUUGCUGCCACCGCAAAGGUCAUCAUUCCUGAAGCCGUGUGCUACAGCACCAAACAACUCCCGAUUUUGAAAGAGACUCCAUGUGUGUCUUACUUCAUACUGGCCUGGGAGAUCUUGCAGAGAAUGCUGUCCAAGGUAGAACAACAGCACAGAAAGCUGAUCAUUAUCUCCCCCAACUCUGCCUCUGCUCUGAUGAAAGUGUUGGCUUUGUCGGCAAACAGGGAGACCUUUCAACUAUCACGCACGAACAAGCAUCAGACUGAUGCAGAUGAUGAGUCCUACUUCACAACAAAGACGGUGCAGCAAGUUGUUCUAGACCAAACAGAAUCACACUGUCCAGUGUCUGAUAUCCCUUUCCUUCCAAGGUCUGGAAGACUGUUUAAACAGAGCUGUGUUUAUAUUGUCACCGGAGGGCUCUCUGGUUUGGGACUUGAGACCGUAAAGUUCAUUGCCCAUAAUGCUGGAGGUUGUAUUGCAACGCUGUCCAGAAGUGCUCUGACUGAUGAAAUUAAGUUUGAAAUGGAAGUUCUCCAGAGAAGAUAUGGGGUGACAGUAAUGAAUGUCCAAUGUGAUGUUUCUGUGUCGACGCAGGUCUUGCACGCAAUCUCAAUGAUUAAACAAAGAUUCCACUCUUGUCCAAUCAAAGGAGUGUUUCACAGCGCUGCGGUGUUACAUGAUGCGUUGAUCGAAAACCUCGAUGAGUCCCUCUUCCGAAAAGUGCUGCAGCCCAAAGUGUGUGGGGCUCUAAACCUGCAUUAUGCAACACUUCACAACAAACUCGAUUUCUUUGUGUGCUACUCCUCCAUCUCUUCAUUUAUUGGCAAUGCCUCACAAUGUAACUACGCUGCAGCCAAUUCUUUCCUCGACAGUUUCUGUCAUUAUCGGAGAAACCUUGGACUUGCUGGACAGUCCAUCAACUGGGGUCCUUUGAACCUGGGUCUCUUGUUGAACAAGGACAAUUUCCAACAGUUUCUGGAGGCAAAGGGGAUGAUGGUCAUGGAUGUUUGUUACGUUCAAAAGGCACUUGAAACAUGUCUUGUGAUGAACAGACCACAACAAGUCAUAUGUAAGUUCAACUUCAAAAAUCUUCACAUUCAUGUGCUUUCACAAAAUGCCUCUCUCCGAGAGCGGCUGUCAGCUUUAGUGGAAAUGGAGUUUAAGGAUUAUCUCAAUAAUGAGCCUAGGGUUCAGCAUUUGUCUUCGCCACAUGAAAGUGUCAGAAGAAUUGUAAGUGACAUCAGCAAUGUUAGUGUGGAGGAGCUGGAUGAUGACUCAACUCUGUGUGGGCUGGGCAUUGACUCAAUGUUGGCCAUGACUCUUCAGAACAAGAUUUUCCAAGAAACAGGUGUAAAUGUACCUUUGGUUAAAAUACUGGACCCCAACAGUACACUGGCCACCUUGGCAGGUAUUGUAAUGAAUGGAUAAUUUCCCCUAAAAAAAAUGGGUGGGAA